AUUGGCAUUAACAGCUUUACUUUCUUGUCGUGCAAGAUCGUAGUUUGAUGGACGCAUUUUGAUGGAUUCGAUCCCAAUCUUUGAAGGCCUCAAUUCCCAGGUUCCCACUUCGCGGUCCUCGUUUUCAUUCCCUUCUGAGCCCCCUGAUGUUGGGAAUUGGUUCUCUAGCUAUGAGUAUCAAUCUCCCGAUCCGGAUUCGAAUCUUAGUGUCGGAGGUUUUGUUUUCAUGGAAAACGAAUCUCAGGGAGAUGGCGAAGAAGUAGAAGAAAGGGUAAAGAUUCGAUGUCUACGGCCUAAUGGGGACAAUGCAGUUCAAGAAGACGAGGAUAAUUAUAACGAAGAACAGUGCAUGAACAAGAAUCUUGAACCAUUCAGUUCAUGUUCACAACUUUCAGAGCCUCCAGACAUCAGAAACUGGUUCUCCAGCUAUGUUUACGAGUCACCUGAGUUUGAUACAUGUAGUAUUUUAAGAGAUGAAGCUUCUGAAGAGAAUCACUGUGGGAAGAAGCUUGAGUUUGAAGUCGUGAAAGCAGAUGGAAGCAAGUCUGUUAAUGGUCACCCGAAAGGGUGUGUUGGGCCCAAUAACCCCUCUAAUAAAAAGACAAAGUAUACAUGUGAGGUUCAUGAUAGUGCUGAAGUGAAGAAAAAUUCAACUACGGUUGACACUCCUCCAAAAAAGAUUUUGCAGCCAUGCAUGCAAGAUAAAACGCUGCAACAUAAUCUUGGUCCAACCAAGUACAAGGAGACAUUGGACCUGAAUCGCACAAGUCCUCGUCACGAUCGAAAAGGACAUCCAGUGUCACUGGAUACCGAUAAAAGUUCAACGAAAUCUCCAAAGCUGCUGCAUAAGAAUGAUACCCAAAUAUCAAACACAAAAACUGAUAUCCAACAUGAUAACAAGCUUGAUUUGAGUGCAAGUGCAACUAAAACCUUCUCAACAAGAACUGCAGCGUGUACAAGCAAUAAAGAAAAUGACGGCUUUGUGACAACAAGGAAGAAGAUUUGUACGGGAGGAAAUGAUGAAAAUUGUUGGAAGAAACCUGAAAAGAUAUUGUUAGAGCGGUCAACAAGGACAGUCACAAUUCCAUUGCAAUGUGGUGUUACAAAGAGAAAGGCUUUAACAGAAGCAACAAAUGUUCAACUAUAUAGUGACAUGGGGAUAACAGGGAAAUGGCAAUGCCCACAGAAACGUAAACCUGAGGUUGGGCCUGCUAUGAAACAACUUAGGCUCGAGCGCUGGGUUCGUAGAAUUUGAGACCUGGGAGAACAUUAUUCCAUGAAACAACUUUUACAUGGUUAGUGGUUUAAGGUAGAUCGAUUAACCAAACAGAUAAAAACAUUUGAUUGCAUUAUGUAUGUUUUCCCUUCUGUUAUUAUACUUAAUUAUUCAAUUAAACCAUCUUA